AUGGUGCAGGUAACAGCAGCCUGCCCUGCAUCCUGUGUGGUGUGCUCCCAAGAUGUCACCCUGUGUUACCAGCUAACCUACAUCGUAGCCGCUCCGGAGACCACCAGGGUUCUAAUCCUCACAGAUGGAUGCCUCUCCUCAGUACAGAGCACCAACCUCACCCUCCUUGCUAACCUGGCCCUGCUCUCUCUGAGCAGAAACUCGAUCUACGGAAUUCAGGAAGGCUCUCUGCACGGCCUCACCAAGCUUCGGACCUUGUCUCUGGGCAACAACCAUAUCCCCAGUUCUUCUCUGUCGGACCACACCUUCAGCAAGCUGCGAAGCCUCCAGGUCCUGGUGCUUAGCAGUAACGCCUUCCGGACCCUGAGAGCAGCCUGGUUCCGGAACACCAAGGCUCUGAACCGACUCCUGCUGGAUGGGAAUCAGAUUACCAACCUCACCGGGAGUUCUUUCAGAGGUGCAAACCUUCACAGGCUCAGGCAUCUGGACUUAUCCAACAAUUUCAUUUCCUUCAUCGAGAAUGCCUUCCAGCCCUUGCCCCAACUGCAGGAAGUGGACCUUUCUAGAAACAUGUUGGCCUACAUGCCGGAUGCCUUUACCCCGCUGAAGCAGCUUAGCCUCCUGAGCUUGGAAGGGAACCAGUGGAGCUGCACCUGUGACCUCUACCCUCUAGCCCGCUUUUUAAGAAACUUUGUGAAGUCUCCGGCUCGCACUCUCCAUAAUACCAAAGAUUUAAACUGUCAGGUGUUCCCCCCAGCUGUGGCCGCUGCAAAGAGCAUGCUGCGGUUAUCUGAGACCAACUGUGACUCCAAGGGGCAUAACCUCACUCUGGCGCUAAAGGACAGGCGUCCCCUCCUCCCAGGGCAGGAUGUGGCCCUGUUGACUGUGCUCGGCUUUGCAGGAGCGGUUGGUCUCACAUGUGCAGGGUUAGUCAUAUUUAACUGGAAACUUCAACAAGGCAGAGCAAAUGCACGCCCAUCCAAAACCCUCUGUUGCAGAACCCUCGAUGAAUCCCUGUGUGCUCAUGAAGCAAGAAAAGGCCAUGCCGUGGGCUACUGUAACUGCCACUUAACUCCAAGAAAUGAGACAGAGGUCAUGUCUGAUGUGGGCUCCAGAAAGGAAGCGCCGCUUAGCCAGGAAAACAGCCAUCAAGCAGUGUGGGCCUCCAAGUCUACAGCCCUGGAUGCAUCGUUCAGAGAGCUGAAAGGGAGAGGCUAUGGGGCAGAAGGGGCUCAGGCUUGCCUGGGUGAUGAACUGCUACAGACAGGAUGCUUGGGGCCCCCCGGGAACAAGAAAGCUCCUUAUGAUGCAGACGUAGUUACAGGGUGUUGUCCAAAGACAGCUGAGAAGCUAAGCAGCCUGGAAAAUGGAGAAAUUCGGUCUCAAAUCCUGCCAUAUCAUGGAGGCAGAAAAAUAGAUACGAGCAGUGACACAUUUAGGAGCAGAUAUGGGACAUCUGCCUCAACCUUGGCAGGAGAGAGUGUUGGGACACAUUUAACAAACAAACCAUGGCAGCCUCCAAUAAGAAGAGGAGACAAUGCUGCACCACCGCCCAGACAGAGCGCUUUCAUCACCAGCUCAUCCUCCAAGCUCUGGGAGCCAAGGGCAGGUGCUGCAGACAGGACCCUCCACAGACAUAGAGUGGGGUAUGACAAACACCAUGGGUCCUUAAAGCAGAGCAGGCCUACACAUGCUCAUCCAAACACUUCCUUCACCUGCAAGUAUGUGUCCUGGGAUGAAUUUCAAGAUUUCAUGAAAGAGAAGAAGCCAGAUCGCAGAGAGCACACAAAAUCUGAAAAAGAGCAAAUUCAAAUUAACAGAGCAAUAGAAAAAUUCCUCAGGAGCCAGGGAUCCAAAGAAAAAUCAAGGCUGUCAGCAAAAAAUAAGAAGGCAUAUUCUACAAAGAGGGUUAAAUUCCAGCAUCCUGACUCAGUGAGGGCCAACAGGUUGGUGGGCUCAGCAGAAACACCAGUCCCCUGGAGACAGCUAGAUUGUGAAACCCACUGCCCAACUUCCUUGGAUCUCAGAAAAUAUGCCAACCUAGAGAAAGACAAGGAAGGGGGAGAAAGGAUUCCAGAGGAACAGGCUCUGAAAAAGAGGAGAUCCAAGCCAUGUCCUCCGAGUGAAAAAACAAAGAGACAGAAUUUAAGGAUAAAGUUAGAUCUGCACCCCUUUGGAAAAACUAGGGUCCACCCUGAGGAAUCCCCACAGAAGUCCCCCAGUAAACGAACAAGAUUAUCUUCUGAGAAGACAGCCAGGACGUCUGAAGGAAAAUGCAAAACAAAACCUCUGUCCUUGGUCAGUUCUCAACCGCCAGAGAGAAGCAGCCAUGCUAAACCCACAUGUUCAAAGGAACCACUGGCAAGCACCCAAGAGCAGACCCCUUAUCGCGAACCAAGUGGCACCCUCAGAGCUGAAAGCUUGUCUGUAGGCGAUCGAGGGGGCUCUGGGCAGGGCAGCAGCUACCCAGUGGGCCGCACUGCUGAUGGAAGCUCAUCAGCACUGCCUCAGCCUACAGUCAAGGCCGCUGAGCAUGGGUGCUCACACCCUCUUUGCUCACCUGAGCUAAUAGUAAAUGCUACUGGUCCACAAAUAGAAGUUCUGGGUCCCUCCCCAGCCUGCCUGGGAAACGGAGAGAGUAGAGUUUUACCAUCUCAACACUCCAGGGGCAUUUCUGACCCCUUAGCAAUGGUGUCCACUCAAUACAUGGACCAGGAUAAAUUAAAGACCAAUGAGUUAAACCAGUUUGCUUUGUCCCUUGGUGACCAGGUAACUGACACCGUCAGCAAAGAUCACAGUUUAGAUGAAAAUCAAGCUUUACCACAGGAAGAGCAAAAACCAGGCCACAAACAGAUUCGAAGUGAGGAAAAACCAUUAAUGAAUAAAUUCAAGCCAUCACCUGAAAGUGUGGGAAAUUGUAUUACAGGUGAGGAAAGAAUGGAAGCAGGAGACAAAAUUGCCCGCACAGAGGAUGGUGGCUCCUCCCCCGUUGCCUGGACGCAACCACACAGCGACCUGCCAUUCGUGGCGCCACAUGGUACUCCACACCAACAAGGCAGUAGCGGAAGUGCGUCACGAGGAGAUAACCGUGGGGAUCCCCCAGGGACACAGGCAGAGGUGAAAAAGCAGAAACAGACAUUUGAUGAGAGGAAAACAAAUUCUAGUGCAGUAAGUUGGAUGAUAGUUUCCACUAAAGACCUGAGUGAGGCAGACCCUCAAACUCACAACCACAGGUCUCAUUGCAGAGACUCUGGAGAGAACCAAGCAGCCAGAGAUGGCAGUGAACACAGGGAAGCUGCCAGGACAGUGGGGAUGCCGGGAGCUCCCCCUCCUUCACAGGAGGUGAAUGUCAUCCGUUCUGAGGCUGAAAACAGGAGGGAGGGGGGAGAACUCUAA